ACUACUUUUUUUUUUUUUUUUUUACCGUAGUACCACCAUUACUAUAUAUAACCAAAACCUCUGCAAUUGAUAUUGAUAUAAAAAAAAAACCAUCUGCAAUUGAAUUUCAUCUUCAAUCACAAGCCCAAAACAGCCUCAAUUUUUUGUAUACAAUACAAUUACGACGUAGAGACAUGGCAGAAGUACAUCAUCAUGACGAUGAAGAUGAAUAUUUGAGAUCAGAAUUAGCUCUGUUACAAUUCUCUGAUGCUAAUUUUAAAUCUCCAUUAUCUCCAACUCUGUUCAUAGAUAUUCAUGAUGAACCAACCACUAAUUCUGGCUCUGAAUCAGACUCAUCAUCAUCAUCACAAAGUGAGCAAGUUGAGCAUCCAAAAGAUGAGUGGCUUCCAAUAACAGAAUCAAGAAAUGGAAAUGCAUAUUAUGCAGUUUUUCAUAUUCUUAAUUCAAACAUUGGAUUUCAAGCUCUUAUGCUUCCUGUUGCCUUUGCUACUCUUGGUUGGGCAUGGGGUAGUGUAUGUUUGUCAAUAGCAUUCAUCUGGCAACUUUACACAAUAUUUUUACUAAUUGAACUUCAUGAAUCUGCUUCUUCUGGAAAACGUCACAGUAGAUACCUCUUCCUUGCUAUGUCUGCCUUUGGGGAUAGGUUAGGAAAAUUAGCAGCACUAUUUCCAGUAAUGUACCUAUCAGGAGGUACUUGUGUCAUACUUAUAAUCACGGGUGGCGGGACAAUGAAGCAAUUGUUCAAGAUUCUUUGCGAAAAUGAUAAUGGAGUUCAGACGUGUAGUGCGCACUCACUGAGCGGGGUGGAGUGGUUCCUUGUGUUUACUUGUGCUGCCAUACUUGUUGCUCAGUUGCCUAAUCUCAAUUCAGUGGCCGCUGUCUCUCUGUUGGGGGCUGUUGCUUCAAUCACAUAUUGCACACUAUUUUGGUCACUUUCUGUUAAGAAGGGUAGGCCAGAAGGUGUGUCCUACAGUACUACAUUGGUGUCACAAGAAUCAACCAUGGUGAAGAUUAGUGACAUUAUCAAUGCUAUAGGAAUUAUUGUGCUAUCUUUUAGAGGGCACAAUGUUGUGCUAGAAAUACAGGGAACACUUCCUUCAAAUUUCAAAGAAACAUCAAAAGAACCAAUGCGCAGAGGAGUCACCAUUUCAUAUAUACUCAUUGCCGCAUGUGUCUUUCCCCUCGCAAUUGCUGGAUUUUGGGCAUACGGAAAGCAGAUACCUGAUCGAGGAUUGUUAAUGGCGUUCCCACAAUUCCAGAAACAAGAAGUAACAAAAUUCACAAUUGGUGCAAUAUAUGUUCUAGUCAUACUACAUUGUUUGUGUAGCUUCCAAGUCUAUGCCAUGCCCGUUUUUGACAAUCUGGAGUUAAAAUACACAACCAUAAAGAAUAAAAAAUGUCCACAAUUUGUGAGAACAUGUUUUCGCUUACUCUUUGGAGGAUUCACAUUUUUUAUAGCGGUCACGUUCCCUUUCUUGCCAAGCCUUGCAGCUCUCCUCGGUGGAAUUACCAUUGUGCCCGUCACAUAUGCAUACCCUUGUUUCAUGUGGCUAGCAAUUAAGAAACCUCGUACAAAAGGUGCAAUAUGGUGCUACAACCUCAUACUUGGUUGCUUAGGGAUGGUUCUUAGUGCUCUUUUGGUGGCUGCUGCUAUAAGGAAUUUGGCUGACAAAGGAUUACAUGCUAACUUCUUCAAACCAUAAUAAAGGAUAAAUAACUAUCUAUGAUUAAUUUUUUUGAGAAAAAUAGCGCCCUAAUGACAAGAAUUUUAGGUUCGAUAACAUGUGGACAAAGCCAUCAACCGUAGACAAAGUUAGUCGGAAGAAUCCAUGAUUAUUUAUUAUUUAGCAAUAAUUUAUUGUUUUUCAAUCCAAAGUAUAUAUUUCUGAAUCACCUACCCUACCAUUAAGAUGUGCCCUAAUUUUGAAAGUGUACAUAUAGCGAGGUUAGCGUUGUGAUAUUGGCUGUCAAUUUUUCAUCAAUAUUGCUUGAAGAAAUGGACUAUACGAUCAAUAUAUUCACCAAA